GCAGUGGCAAGGCGACAAGACGAAGGAGGCCUACUGAGUUGAAUAUUUACGAUCUUACAGCAACAUCGAGUCACAUCAAAUGCAGCAACAAAUCUUUUCCAAAGCCCACGAAACGGAAGUUGAGUUGGGAGCAAUGGAGUGUUAGCUAAAGUGGACAUUGAAGACGUGAUAGAAGAUGGACGACUACUGCUGUGCUAAGAUGGCGACGUCCGCUAAAAGAGAACAUGAAAGAGAAUCAGCGCCACCAACUUCCAGCAAAUCACCAACGGAGAUAAAGACGAAAGAUGAAGACGUCCAGCAGCUGAUUGGUCAUCCAGAAAAACUACCCCCUCAGUCAAGGGGGAGCUCCACUUUGAAGCAGAAGACUCCACAGCCACCCCACAUUAAAAAGGAAGAGGAGGAACUCUGGAUCACUCAGGAGGGAGAGUGUCUUCUAGGACCACAGGAGGCUGAUCUCACCAAGUUGCCACUGACUGUUGUCUCUGUGAAGAUUGAAGAUGAUGAAGAGAAACCACAACUAGACAACCUCUUAGCUCCACUCUCAGAUACUGAGGUCGAAGAAUCUUUGAGCAGCAAUACAAACUGUAAAGAUGUCCAGCAGCUGAUCGGUCAUCCAGAAGAACUUCCCUUUCAAUUCGGGGAGAGCUCCACUCUGAAGCUGGACACUCCACAGCCAACCCACUUUGAAAAGGAAGAGGAGGAACUCUGGAUCACUCAGGAGGGAGAGUGUCUUCUAGGACCGCAGGAGGCUGAUCUCACCAAGUUGCCACUGACUGUUGUCUCUGUGAAGACCGAAGAUGAUGAAGAGAAACCACAAGCAGACAACUUCUUAGCUCCACUCUCAGAUAGUGAGACUGAAGACGAGGUUGAAGUAACUAUGAGCAGCGAUACAGACUGUGAAGGUGAUAUGAGGACUCACACUGACACCAAACACUCUAAAAAGAAGAGCGGUACAAAGCCUUUAAGCUGCUCAGUUUGUUCUAAAAUCUUUACUCGAAAGCGAGGUUUGUCUCAACACAUGAGAACACACACCGGAGAAAAAACAUUUGAUUGUUCUGUAUGUGGUAAGAACUUUAGUCAAAAAAACAAUUUGACUCAACACAUGAGAACGCACACAGGAGAAAAACCAUGUACAUGUUCAGUUUGUGGCAAAAGCUUUUCCCAAAAUGGCAAUUUGACUCAACACAUGAGAACACACACUGGAGAAAAACCAUGUAUUUGUUCCGUUUGUGGCAAAAGCUUUUCUCAAAAUGGCAAUUUGACUCAACACAUGAGAACACACACGGGAGACAAACCAUUUAGUUGCUCAGUUUGCGGUAAAAGCUUUUCUCGAAAAGCCAGUUGGACUCAUCACGUAAGAACACACACAGGAGAAAAACCAUUUAAUUGUUCAGUUUGCGGUAAAAGCUUCUCUCGUAAAGGCAAUUGGACGUUACACACGAGAACACACACGGGUGAAAUAACAUUUAAUUGUUCUGUUUGUAGUAAAAGCUUUUUUUAUAGAAGCAAUUUGACAAAGCACAUGAGGACACACACAGGAGAAAAAACAUUUAGUUGUUCAGUUUGUGGUAGAAGCUUUUAUCACAAUAGCAAUUUGACUCUACACAUGAGAACUCACACAGGAGAAAAAACGUUUACUUGUCCUGUUUGUGAUAAAAGCUUUUUUCUAAAAGGCAACGUGACCCAACACAUGAGAACACACACAGGAGAAAAAAUAUUUAAUUGUUCAGUUUGUGGUAAAAACUUUUCAUAUAAGAGCAGUUUGACUCUGCACAUGAGAACACACACAGGUGAAAAACCAUAUUGUUGUUCAGUUUGUGGUAAAAACUUUUCCCAAAAGGUACGUUUGACUCAACACAUGAGAGCGCACACUGGAGAAAAACCAUUUAGUUGUUCAGUCUGUGGCAAAGGAUUCUGUCAUAAUGCACACGCAGUAAGACACAUAAAAACACACACGGGAGAAUAACCGAUCACCUGUUUGGUUUGUGGUAUAUUGCUCAUAUGUAGCGACAUCCACCCAUAUUUAGGAUCUCUUCAAAAAAAGUUCACUGCUUCUUUUACAAAUCUCACAGGGUGUCAUACAAAUCGGUAUUACCGUAUUUUCCGCACUAUAAGGGGCACCGGAUUAUAAGGCGCACCUUCAAUGAAUGGCAUAUUUUAAAACUUUGUUCAUAUAUAAGGCGCGCCGCAUUAUAAGGCGCAUAGAAUAGACGCUAUAGUAGAGGCUGGGGUUACGUUAUGCAUCCAUUAGAUGGAGCUGCGCUAAAGAGAAUGUCAACAAAACAGUCAGAUAGGUCAGUCAAACUUUAUUAAUAGAUUACAAACCAGAGAUCUGACAACUCUGUUCACUCCCAAAAUGAAUAAACAGCUGUUUUAUUAUUUUCCCCGAGGUAAAGUCAGUGACGUGGUGUUUUGUUUAUCUUUUAACAACAGCAAGGUAUACCAUGUAUUGCAACAUUUAUAUCACAUAGUGGAGGGGAACUUUUCCCUGAUUCAAUAAACACGUAAAAAACAGUGACACUGUUACGGUAAAUCAAGCGUUAGUGCAAUCACAAUAUAGUAACACUCGAGAGCAAUAACAAUAUAUCAAUAACUCAACGUUGCUCAAACGUCAAAGUCACACAACACAACACACAAAAUAAACAUGUAAAGCUCACUUUAUGAAGUUAUUUCUCAUCCACGAAUCCCUCGAAUUCUUCUUCUUCAGUGUCCGAAUUAAACAGUUGGGCGAAUACGGCAUCCAACAUGCCCGCCUCCGUCUCGUUGAAGUCGUCAUUAAUGGAGUCAGUGUCGCUGCUGCUGUCUAGCAGUUCAGUGACAAUUCCUGCCUUCCUGAAAGCUCGGACCACAGUUGAGACUGAUAUAUCAGCCCAGGCAUUUACGAUCCACUGGCAGAUAGUGGCGUAUGUCGUCCAUAGGGUUGGGUAUCGUUUGAAUUCGAACGAUUCCGAUUCCGAUUCUUUGUUUCGAUUCCGGUUCCUGACGAUUCUCGGUUCCGAUUCUUUUAAGAGGCAGGGUCAAAAAAAAGUUUAGGAUAUUUUAAAUGAGCUAGCUAACCUACAGCCUUUCUGAAUGAAAUAGUCUGACAUUCUCCAUCAAUUUUAAUUCUAUUAACUUUUUAUGAACUUUACUAUAAAUUCCUCACAGGGCUGUUUUCAACUAGAAUAUAAAUAUCAAAUCUAUGAACUUGAAUAUAAAUAUGAUAAAUUAUGAAUACAUUUUCCCAGGGGUACACUUUCCUCAAGAGAGCUUUAUUUUUGAAAACCUCAUGAAAACACAUUUACACACACAAGUGUAUGAUGCUGCAGGAAACCUCAUGAAAACACAUUUACACACACAAGUGUAUGAUGCUGCAGGUACUUAAACAUGUUACCGUGCUCCCACUGAUGGGCUAACCUGGUGCAGAAAAGCAAAUAAACAAUAAGAAACAACUUGCAAAACCCAGUCCAGAUUAGCAGCAGGUACAGUAUAAAAUCAGAGACAGUUCUUGUUUAGGAAAAUGACCAUAUCCGCCUUCUCAGGCAGGAUGCGUGAGCGUUCUGGACAGAUGGUGUCUCCUGCUGUGGAAAAUACACGUUCGCUGGGUGUGGAAGAAGCUUGAACGCAUAAAUAGGAGAAAGCGAGAUCUGACAGCAAAGGAUAAGUCUUUUGUUGGUUCCACCACCAUGCAGCAGGGUCGUCAGACAUAAGUAUCGGUGGAACGUCCUGGUACAUCUGCAGCUCUCUCUCCACUCGUUUCUUGAUGGACAUGGAGCUCUGUUAUUUCGCGGUUAUUUCAUUUUUUUUUUGUAAAGUAAAGCCACACUUUCGACCGCCGACACCCGCUAUCCAUGCUUGAGCUUGACUGACUCGCUCGGCUAUGCUAACACUUCCGGCGGUGGGCGCUUCUUCGUUGGUGUUCAGCAGCUUCUUCUUCCGGUUCGGCGGACUGGUAUCGAAAAUAGGAAUCGAAAUUUUAACUUUUGAACGAUUCCGGGAGAAUCAAAAAGUUAGUCCCAGUUCCAAUCGAUACUCGAUACCCAACCCUAGUCGUCCGGCGCUGUCUCCCUGUCUUGAUGAACGUGUGUUCGCCUUCUGUCAUCCACUGUUCCCACGCAGUUCGCAUUAUAACUUUGAAUGCCCUGUUGACACCAAUAUCUAGCGGCUGGAGUUCUUUUGUCAAUCCACCCGGAAUGACAGCGAGUGUUGAAUUAGUGUGCGUCACUUGUUUUUUGACACCAUCUGUGAUAUGGGAGCGCAUGGAGUCGUAGAUCAAUAAGGACGGAGCUGUGUGAAAAAAGCCACCCGGUCUCUUCACGUAAAUUUCUCUCAACCACUCGCUCAUCUUUUCUUCAUCCAUCCAUCCCUUCGAGUUAGCUUUGAUGACGACGCCGGCGGGAAAGUUUUCUUUUGGCAAGGUCUUCCUUUUGAAAAUAACCAUUGGUGGAAGUUUCUGGCCAUUAGCCUGGCAAGCGAGAACUACAGUGAAGGACGACUUCUCAUUCCCUGUGGUGCGAAUAUUUACCGUACGUGCUCCCGUUUUAUCCACGGUGCGGUUCACGGGAAUAUCAGAGGUGAGUGGAACCUCGUCCAUGUUGAUGAUGUGCUCUGGCCGGAUCUUUUUUUCAGUAAUCUGGUUUUUGCAAUAUGCGCGGAAAGUGGCCAACUUUUCUUGGAAGUCUUUUGGCUGUUGCUGUGAAACAAUAGUUUGUGUGCGGAUGGAGAGAUUACGUCUUUUCAUAAACCGAAAGCACCAAGAAGCAGAGCCUUUAAAAUCAUCCAUGUUAAGUUCGCUUGCUAGCGCUGUUGCCUUCAUUCGAAUAGUGAUUGUACUGACACUUCUACUUGCUGCUCUCUGCUCAACAACCCACUGUUCCAGUUUGUCCUCCAACUGUAGCCAUCUCGCUUUGUUCCCUUGGAAACUCUGUUUAGUCUUCUUUACUUGGCGCAGGUCAUCUUGUUGCUUCCUCCACUUCCGCACCAUUGAUUCGUUAAUGUUAAAUUCUCUCGCUGCUGCUCUAUUCCCGUGUUGUACUGCGUGACUGAUUGCCUUGAGUUUGAACUCUGCGUCGUAAGCGUGUCUCUUAAUAGGAGCCAUUUUGGGGUCUUUACAUAAACAAACAAAUGGCAAUGAAACGGCAAGCCUCGCGCAGUCAUAUAUCCCAGCAUGCACCGCGCGCUUCUUCUUCUACGGGGGAAAAUGAAGACGGGGGAAAAUGAAGUCGACGGCUGCUUACCGUAGUUGCAAUCGAUUGAUUGAUGGAAACUUUUACCUGUUGGAGGCUCAAUAUUGGUCCAUAUAUAAGGCGCACCGGAUUAUAGGGCUCACACAAAAGUUGGAGGUUUUUAGGUGCGCCUUAUAGUGCGGAAAAUACGGUACCUGGUGUAUACUCUUAUAUCAUCACCCCAUGUCUUCUGUUUAUCUGAAACUUUACUGAAUAUUAAGAUUGAUGAUACUUGGUUUCGUACCGUGACGCAGACAAAGCAGAGACAGGGCGAUAUCACAAGUGUCAGCACAUUUGCAUUUAAUUAAUAGUCAUAUAUUGUGUCUAACUGGGGCUGUUGAGAUUACCCCCUUCCCUCAGUGAUGUAACCAGGGACCUCCCAAAUAAUUUUAGAGUGUAGUUUGGAUCUGUAAGUAGAGUACAGCCCAAUAACGUCUCGCCUCAUUGAGCAAAAUGUAACUCUGUCUCUGCAUGAUUCCUUGCUUCUUGUCUGUUUAAUAAUUGGCAUCAGUGUUUGAACCUGACAGAUAAGGCCUUCUCCACAGAAAGGGAUUAUGUCAUACGCCUACGCGGACAGUACGGCGCCCUCAAGGUGAAAACAAAGAGUUUACUAGCGGACAUAAGAUUAAAAGCCUAAAGUGUUCACAUGGGAAAAUAUUAGCUGCUUUGAACAUGACUAUUAUUAUUAUUAUUAGCCUUUAUUUAACCAGGUAAAAUCCCAUUGAGAUCAAAGAUCUCUUUUCCAAGGGAGACCUGGCCAAGAGGGCAGCAGCAAGGUUACAUUAAAAACAGUAAACAAAUACAUAAAACAUCACAUUUACGACAUUAAAACUUGCUCACAUAACACAUGUGCAUACAGACAAGGUAGACUGCAGUCCUUUCACAGAAGCUUUAAACUCAUUCAACGUAACAAGGGUUUGAAGUUUAAUAUUCGAUUGUAGGUUAUUCCAAGCCUUCGCUGCUGAAAACCUAAAUGCUUUCUUGCCCAGUUCAGUUCUUACUUUGGGGACGACAAAUUGCAGAACAUUCAUUGAACGAAGAUUGUGACUUCCUUGUUUCUUUGUUAAAAGACAAGACAGAUAAGAUGGAGUGAUACCCAGAAUGGUUUUGUAGAUGAAAACAUACCAAUGAUUGAGGCGUCGAGCACAUAAAGAUGUCCAGUUAACCAUUGAGUAUAAUACGCAAUGGUGAGUAAGGGGAGCGCAGUUGGUGAUAAAUGUCAGUGCACCGUGGUACACACUAUCCAGCUUGUGGAGACAACCAGCAGUAGCAUUCAUGUACAACACAUCUCCAUAGUCAAUAACAGGUAAGAAGGUUGUUUCCACCAAUUUCUGUUUCACAGUAAAAGAAAAGCAAGACUUGUUUCUAUAAUAAAAUCCCAGUAAAAGUUUCAGUUUUUUUUACAACAUACUGAAUGUGCUUCUUAAAACUCAAGUGGUCAUCAAUUAAAAAUCCUAAAUAUUUAAAAGCACAUACUAACAUAAUUUGUUGCCCAUUUCUUGUUAAAAUGUUCUCACACAGUGCUGAUCUUACAGUUUUUGAUGUGGUAAAGAACAUACACUUUGUUAUAUAGAUUAUAACUAUAGAUUAGGAAAGAAUACUUAAGAAUUAGAGAUGUCCGAUAAUAUCGGACUGCCGAUAUUAUCGGCCGAUAAAUGCUUUAAAAUGUGAUAUCGGAAAUUAUCGGUAUCGGUUUCAAAAAGUCAAAUGUAUGACUUUUUAAAACGCCGCUGUGUAUACAGACGUAGGGAGAAGUACAGAGCGCCAAUAAACCUUAAAGGCACUGCCUUUGCGUGCCGGCCCAAUCACAUAAUAUUUACGGCUUUUCACACACACAAGUGAAUGCAAGGCAUACUUGGUCAACAGUGUUGGGUUGACUAGCAUUCCUCCAAUGGGGAAUUCAAAUUGCUAGUCUCUCCCAGAUUCUUUUUAUGGCAAUAAGCUGAUGUUUAUAUUCAAUCACCAGGCAGAAGUUGGUAUUUUGUGGUUUAUUCUCCAAGCUUAGAGGACAAACGUGAGACCAAUCUCGUACACCAGCGUUCCCUCGCCCGGUCUAGCUCGGUCUCCCCUCAAACCCCCGGAAGUCCCGUGAUCUUCCCUCUGUCCCUCGCCCCCACUCCCGUUGUUUAGACUACUCCGAGUUUUCUCUACUCUGACACAUUCCAAUCUAGAAGGCCGACACCUUACUAUGAGACUCAAAAGAAGGAAGAAUACUAGCUAUUCGUUAUAUGACUAUAGGAGUUUAGAAAGAAAUAACACUUAAAUAUGGAUAUGAUUCUGAUCUGCUUCCAACAACAGCCAUACAGGUCACACUGAGGGUGGGUCUCUCAGAGCAUGUCCCAAAAUCCAAGCUGCUGUUUUGAGGCAUGUUAAAAAAAAUAAUGCACUUUGUGACUUCAAUAAUAAAUAUGGCAGUGCCAUGUUGGCAUUUUUUUCCAUAACUUGAGUUGAUUUAUUUUGGGAAAACCUUGUUACAUUGUUUAAUGCAUCCAGCGGGGCAUCACAACAAAAUUAGGCACAAUAAUGUGUUAAUUCCACGACUGUAUAUCGGUAUCGGUUAAUAUCGGAAUUGGUAAUUAAGAGUUGGACAAUAUCGGAUAUCGGCAAAAAAGCCAUUAUCGGACAUCUCUAUUAAGAAUAUAUGCAGGAACCUUCCAAAAAUGCCCCCGAGCUGGCAGGAACUAAAAAUAGUUCCUCAAGGACAAAAUCUACCUGCGUAGUGUUUGGUGGAAACACGGGGGGAACUUUAUUUACCCAGGUAAAUGGGAAAGUUCCUGCAGUGCAAAAGGGCAAAUGUAAAACAAAAACCUAGAACAAAAUUUGUUUGUACUGAAACCUUUCACCUUUGACCUGAAAAAGGUCUUAGCGCAGGUGUUUGCGUACACAAGGCUUCUUCUGUCAACAACAACAACAACAUACUGUAGAGAGCACAUUCUGUGUUUGCUACCACUAAUCAUGGCAGACAUUGUGAGAGCCUUGAAGCGUUAGCACGUAGCACUAUUGCCAAACGUUUCAAAUAACAACAUAAAACUGACUGGUUUCAGCACUUGUGCUGUCCUUCACCUGGCAAAUUUUGAAUAAUCCUCAUUGUAGAGGUUGCCCUCUAGUGGGUUCCUCGGACCACCACACACUGCCACGAGAGUCCGGAUGUCAGGUUACAACACUGUUUUGUUUUCAUUAAAUAGUGCAAGGCUUUUGCUUUCUAGCAAGAUGUCUUUGCUGAGUCCGUCUCUCUCUCUCUCUGGCUCCCACUCCAACGCCGAGUCUCGUCCCGGCUGCUGCUAAUAAAGGCGACAGGUGAUUAGAUAACAAGGCCCACCUUGGCCAUCCACUCACCUGUCGCUGUCUUCGAGGCCGGUACUUGCACACCCCGUUCCGCGGCAGGCCCGCAGGCCACGCCCCCUUCCACACUCAUAUUUUAAAUGUCGUCGCUGAGUCCUCCUGGUGAUGCCGCGUUCCAUUUGUUAAGAUCAAGCCCCGGUGCGGAUUUUGAGCCUUGCGUUUCUCGACCAACUCUUGGCUUGGUGCCACAAUCUUCUACUAUUCAGAUGACGAGAGGCAUGAUUUAUAACUUACAGCAUUAAACUUUACAAGUAGAUGGUCAACUAGCCGGGAUUACUCUAGCUAGUGUCCCGGAGGAGCAGUGCGAGCAUGGCCCUGUGUCACUACGCCAAAGAAGUAGUUCCUCUGUGUUAGCACUUACAAUAACAAUGUCUCUAUAACUUGGUUAAUACGCAGGACACGCAUGUAAAUUGAGUUUUGUCGGCCACUUUUGGAUGCUUUACAGGGCUCUAUAGGCAGAAUAGAUGACUCCCCAUUAUCUGCUUUGUUUGCACCUCAUAUUAGCAGUUUUUUACUAUUUAGAACAGACAGAUUGUGGAUGAUGGGCAUGAAUCCAAAAGUGCAGUUUUCCUUUACAGCACUCUGAGUAAACUCCUUAAAUUCUUCUGUUUGCAGGCAAAUAGUCUUUCUUAAACUGCGUAACCUAGAGUCUGUCCCCCUUUCAGAUGGCGAGAAACAUUCAAUAUUUUUUAUUGUUUUUGUUACCUUUUCAGCAGAGCCAAUGUGUGUGUAUUUCAAAGGGGAAGUGGCAAAUGUACGAGACAGAUAUAUUCAAAAAAUAUCUGAAUAUGCAGGAGUGGAUCCUUGCACUCUUAAUAAGAAAUACACACCAUUUAAAAGCCAAAACAAAAUGACCACACAUCCUUUCUAACUCGUAAUUAAUAGAAGCACAAUGUAUGGAAGCACAUCAUUUCUUACCAUCUGUAUGGGUUCAAUGUUAAUAAAAUGCGUUAGGAAUUCUGAAAAAAUCUUCUACCAAAAUCCAUAGUGGAAACAUUUUCACAUCUUUUUUCACUCUGCUUUAAUUUGGCUUCUUGCUAGAAUACACUUGUUUGCCCCACAAAAUGUUCGAGGCCUCAAGCACACGAUGCACUCUUUAACCAAGUUUUAUUUUGGAAAAAAAAAAAAGAAGAUGAAUCAAUAAAAAGCCCUGAUAUAAUUUCCUCAGCAGAAAAACAUUAAAUAUUAUUCUGGCUUCCGAAGAGCCUUUUUUAAAUUUUUUUGUGUUGAAAUAUCAUUUUCUUUCCUUUUAUGGAAUUAUUUUGGUUUAUGUGACGUCAUGUGGGUUCACUUCCUGUUGUAUGUAGACACGUCAUGUAUGGAUCUUCAUAUUUACCUUUACUGUAUAGUAGUUGUGUUUGAAUAUUAUUGCCUGAAUAGUAAUGAUAGUCUUGCAUUCAGUGAAUACAUUUUUGUUAUGACCACUUUUUAAACAUGUAUAAAACUUUUGUUGUUGUUGUUAUGAUCACUUUGUUGCCUUCUUGAAAGACUGCUUUUGCUGUAUGUUUUUUUUUGUUUUAUGCAUGUUGUCAUUGAAAUAAAGAUGAAGUUUAAAAAGUCUUCAUAUUUAUCACUCUAUUCUAAGAACGCACCGCCUGUGUCUUCAAUGUGUACAAUUAAAUA